UUGUGGUUUUUUCUUUUAAAAAAAGUGUUCUUAUACGAUAAAAUUGCUAUUUCGGAUGAUUUUGUUUCUUCCUCAAAAUUAAAUAUAGAUGUUCUAGAUGUAAAGCCAUCAAAUAUUCUUGUGAAUGGUCGCGGAGAAAUAAAAUUAUGUGACUUUGGGGUAUCUGGAAUGUUGAUCGAUAGUAUGGCGAAUAGUUUUGUCGGUACGCGAUCAUAUAUGGCACCUGAGAGGCUUACGGGCAAUUAUUAUAAUGUACAAUCCGAUGUAUGGAGUUUUGGCCUAUCACUGGUAGAAAUAUCAGUUGGCCGAUAUCCAAUUCCAGCUCCAACAGCUAGCGAAUUCUCUAUAAUAUUCAAUAUACCUGAAGAAGAAAUAGAAUUUCCUGGCGGAAUCUUACCUGUCGCACCAUCCUCGACCCCAUCAACACCUAGAACAAUGGCGAUUUUCGAAUUGCUGGAUUAUAUUGUUAAUGAGCCACCUCCCGUAUUGCCACUGAAAAUUUUUUCGGAUGAUUUCGUGGAUUUCGUUAGCAAAUGCGUUAAGAAGAAUCCGAUGGAGAGGGCUAAUUUAAAAAUCUUAAGCAAUCAUUCUUUUUACAAAAUAUAUUCGAAUUCUGAAGAUGGCGGUGAAUUUGCUCGAUUUAUUCGUGAAGUAACUGAAUCCAGCCGAAUGUAUUUGUCUUGA